AUGAGCUCCACUCGCAGUCCCUCGCCUAGUGGCACCGAGAGAUCCUCUGCUACUGACAUCUCGUCUGACGCAACCAGCAUCGUCGAGUCCAUGUCCAAUCUCCGCGCCGAAGACGACUCGAUCGUGCGCGAUCACACAAUUCAAGACGUCCUCAAAGGCUCGCGAAUCCUCAUUACUGGCGCUGCUGGCUUUGUUGGUGCUGCGCUCCUCCACCGAUUGCUCGGUGACGACUCCUUCGACGUGAAACAGGUCGUUGCGAUCGUACGAGGCAAGACUUCAGAGGAUGCCCUCAAGCGUCUCCCUAAAUCGGUUCACCAUCACGCGCAACCUGCGUCCGAAGGUGCGCUCCCCAAACUCGUCAUUGUCAACGGUGACUGCGCCCGACCCAACUUUGGUCUCAACGAGCAGGACUUCGAAAAGGUUCGCAAGACCGAAAUCGUCAUUCACUGCGCCGGCGACACCCGCUUCACCCUUCCCAUCUCCAAGGCUUUCGAGUCCAUGGCGGAUUUGGCUUACUUUACUGCUCGAUUCUCCCUCCUCACCUGGAACGUCAAGACUCACAUCCACGUCUCUACCACCUUUGUCGGCUGGUACCUCAAGAACGGCUCGCUUGUGAGCGAGUCCUUGACCCCCGAAGGAUGCGGCACCCAGGUCGACGAGCAGUCUGAACACGUCAACACCUACUUCCAGGCAAAGACCUACGCCGAAUCGUGCGUCAAUUCGCUCUUCACCUCGCAAGUGGGUCGCAAGCUGCACGGAAAGACGUGUCGAAUCGUCCGAUUGGCUACUCUUGGCCCUGCGAUCGACUUCCCUCGUGACGCGUGGGGUGCAGGUCACCCCUCGAGUCCCGUCUGCGCUGCUCUGGCUGCGCACGUCGCCGACCCCAACAUCAUCUUCCCCAACGCCGGUCUCGACGUGAUCCCGGUCGACAUCGCUGUCAACCAGAUCCUCGCCGUCACCGCCUCGGCACAUGCAUUGCAGAAGCUCCCCACAACUCACCGUCUGCAUCCCAAGAACCCUGCUGCACCGACGAGCAAGCAUCUCGCAGAAGUGCCAUGCUACCACGUUGCUUGCGGUCGUGGUGACGAAGCUCGUAUCCCCAUGACCCUCCUCAACGACGAAAAUGUCAAGAUCGAGGAGCCCUACAUCCCCACAACCAAUCUGCUCAAGGUGUACGAUCCCUUCAUCACCAAGAUUGUCGAAUUCGACGUUGCUCGCACACGCACCGUUCUCGGGUUGCCCGCACUUGUGCCCGACCAGCAAAGGAAACUCAGCAAGGCAAGCAUUUCUGAUCUGCCACUCAAGCAGGGCUCGCUCAAGCUCGACAUUGUCAAGUCGGUCCAGGAUCGUUUCGGAAACGACAAGCUUCAGGGCUGGACGGGCUACCUCCAGCAGGUCCGAGACCAGAUGGAGGCCAUGGGCCCCCGUUCCGACUGGGAGACCUUUGUCGACUGA